GUCCACCGGCCGGCGUUAAAGAAAGACCGAGUAACGUUUCCCCAGGGAAGUCGUAAACGACGUCCAGAGAGACUCGAACCGAGCAGUUCCGAACAGUCUGUCAGAGACGGUGCUUUCGCGAACACGAUUCUCGUGCGUCGCUUCGUAAACGUGUGUGUACCGGUUCAAAAAAAGUUGUUACACACAGCUUCUACUAGACCCCUGGCAACGCGUUGUCGCUUGAAAACAAUGACUGUACGUUCCAGUGGUUAGAAGUAACGAAGAAAUUACUGGCACAUAGCAUUCAAACCGUCUUUUUUUUUUGAUCGAGGCCAGACGGCCACACUAGCUCUAGGAACGGCUCGACGCGUAUCGAUCUCAUACAAGGCUAGCAGAACGGAGCUGCCAUCUCAGCGACUCCUCCACAUGUGGACAUCGCCGUCCCGACUCAGGAUCGGCCGAGCACCCAGGAAAAAGACGACACCUUAAGGUGAUAGCUGCUGCAGCAGCUACCGCGACCGGUGAACGAUGGAGAACACCAGGAGAAAGUUGUCUUUCCUUGGUUUUGGCAAGAGGGUAUCGGCAUGAGCUAACUUCCCUAGAUUGUAACUAGACUUCUGGAACUGCACUAAUUCAUCGUGAUGUCAAUCCCCAAGUUAGCAAUCAUCCCGGGAGAAGCGCACGAUCGAGCUGAAUCGAGAGAAAGGGUAACCUUCCAAAGGAUCCGUCUGCCCGCGACCAACGUAUGGGGUUGAUAUCGACCGUUCGAGAUACUUCCCUCGCCCCACCCCUUACAGUGCAUCCCCCACCAUCCUGCAGCUGCGUAUCUCACUCUAACCGCCGGUGGUAGCGCUACCCUCUCCGUCAGUUUGGAUUUUCGAGCUGUAAGCACGAGCCGAGCGAACGAGUGUCAUUUCGGCCCGGGAUGCCAUGCCCGAGGCCGCCGGUAAUUCCUCCGGGAAGUCGUUCCUUCAACGGGCGUCGAGCAAGGUUCUCCGUUGGUUACGCCGCUCCCUGCGGACGAGCCACCAGGUCGACGGUCAUGGCGCGGAAACGGGACCGGAACUCGACGAGGAGAUGGAGAAGGUUUUCGCAAUGGAUACCGGAGAGAAGUUCGACGUAGCCCGACUCGGUUCCCCUUCAGAAUCGGCUGGAUCCGAUCGAGAACGAGAACGCGGACCACCAUCGCGAUAUGGAGAUCGCGACUUCAAUCAGCAUCGAAAAAGAAGUUACCCCCAUCCGCACAUGCCCUUGAAAAGUCUUCAUUCCAGGUCUAUGCGACGACAUCUUUCACCCGAAGGAUCCACAGCGGAAGCCGGUCAAGAAGAGGAGAACGGACAGGUUGUAACAGGAAAUGGCGGUGGACAUGAACUGGACACGAUGGACAAUGGAUUGUCUCCGACGAGCAUGCAGAACGCCGAUGACGAGACCACGGAAGAAAUGGAGAAUGUUGUCAGCAGCGAGAGCGAGGCACCGAUUUCGGAAAGGGCUGCUUCCGGUUUCAGCGACAGCCCGACCGUUGGCAGCCCACGCGUGCAAUUCGAGAAGAUCAAAGAGGAGGAGGUGCACAGUUUCAAAAAGGACGAGGUAGCCAGUGCCGGUGCAUCCGCGAACCACGAUGAGGAUCGAAAGUGUCGAAGACAUCAAAAACACGAGCACAAAACCACUGGGCUAGGAGAACAUUGGCACGUUUUUAUAACAUUUUGUUAUAGAAGACAUCAUCACAAAUCGCGAAAAUACUCGCUCCAAGAGGAUCCACAAUGGAGAAAACGAUCGGGAGCUGGCCUCCCGGAUGGGCCGGGUGUGCUUGCAAGGCGAGUGAGCGUACAACCGGAAGAGGCAAGCACCCUUCAAGAACUGGACAUCGACGACCUGGAAUCGCACAGGAGCGACGAUCCGCGUGGUAUGAGGCGUCACAAGGCGGCUCAUUCGACGGUCCAGAUUGGCCGAAAGAAGGAAGGUGGCAUACCCCAUGACACCUUCAAAAAAAUGUACGACCAUUCUCCGCACGAGGUGUUCGUCCAAUUGGACGAACUGUAUGGGGUCGGUGAGGAAAGGGAGUGGAGAGAAACGGCUAGAUGGAUCAAAUACGAGGAAGACGUCGAGGAGGGAGCGGACAGAUGGGGCAGGCCCCACGUAGCUUCCUUGAGCUUCCAUUCCCUGUUGAAUCUCCGUAGAUGCCUCGAGACAGGUGUAGUUCUCCUCGAUCUCGAGGAAAAGGAUCUCCCUGGCCUGGUAUAUAGGGUGGUCGAGCAAAUGGUGAUCGAGGAGCUGAUUCUACCGGAGGACAGGCCGGUAGUGAUGAGGGCGCUGUUGCUUAGGCACAGGCACGUUCACGAUCACGAUCGUGGAUUCCGUUUCGGCGGGAAACGGAAUUACGCCAGCUACACGAGCUUGCAGUCCGUCUGUCUGGAGGAAGAGGACGCUGCGCGGGAAGCCUCUGAGAACCAUGUAACCCAACAUAAUCUAAACGACACGAAACCAAAAAUCGUGUCGUCGAACUUGGCCCUGGACAGCAAUCACACGGUGGUCGAUAUGAAGGAGGAAAUGACAUACACGAGCAGCAACGAGGAUCUGAAAAAGAGUCACAACGAUUACAUAUUGAAGAGGAUCCCGGCUGGCGCCGAGGCCACGGUUGUCCUGGUCGGUGCGGUCGAUUUUCUGGACCAACCUACGAUCGCAUUCGUCAGGCUUGCCGAGGGUGUGUUCAUUCCAUCGAUCACGGAAGUCACGAUACCAGUAAGAUUCAUGUUCACGUUGCUGGGGCCGAGGAACGCUGAUCUAGAUUAUCACGAAAUCGGUAGAUCGAUCGCCACCCUAAUGGCCAAUACGUCGUUCCAUAAAGUCGCUUACAAAGCGAACGAAAGACGAGAGCUUCUUUCCGCGAUCAAUGAGUUCCUGGAUGAUUCGAUUGUCCUGCCCCCUGGAGAUUGGGAGAGGCAGGCGUUGUUACCUUUCAGCGAGUUAAAGGCGAAGAGCGAGGCCAUCAGGAAACGGAAGGCCAAAGCGCUUGAAGAGAAGAGCAAACCCAUUCAAAGCGAGGCAGCUGUCAAGAAAGCUCUUCUUGCUGGCGAAGAAGAAAAGAAACCUCCCGACGACGAUGAUCCACUUCGAAGAACUAAACGUCCAUUUGGUGGUCUUAUCAAUGAUAUCAAAAGACGCUACCCUUUCUAUCUCUCCGAUUUCACCGAUGGUUUGAGUUCAUCUUGUCUAGCGGCAGCCAUUUUCAUGUACUUUGCUGCCCUCUGUACAGCCAUUACUUUUGGUGGCUUGAUGAGCGACAAAACGCAUAACGUCAUCGGCAUAUCCGAGACCCUAGUUUCUGGUUCCUGGACUGGAGUAGUGAUGGCUUUAUUUUCCACUCAACCUUUAGUCAUCAUUGGUACAACUGGCCCUUUAUUGCUCUUCGAUGAAAGUUUGUACAACUUCUGCCUGGCGAAUGAAUUGGAAUUCUUAACCGUGAGAGUUUACGUCGGAGCAUGGAUGGGAAUCAUAGCUCUAGCAAUCGCCUGUGUUGAGGGAUCCGUGUUGGUCAGACUAUUCACACGUUUCACCGAAGAAAUUUUCACAGGCUUAAUUUCCAUUCUUUAUAUCGUUGAAACGUUUAUCAAGCUGUACAAUUAUUUUGUGAAAAAUCCAUUGCUUGAUGAAUAUAGUUUUAUUCCUGAGACGAAUGAAACAUUUUACGAAGAGCCAUUAAAUGUUACAGAGAUCAACAUUGUUUCCCCAAAGACUGGUGAGACAAUUGGUAUUCCAUUGAGCGAACCUCAAACUUUGAUACCAGCGCAUAAUCCAGCUGGAAUAUUGAUAAAUCAACCGAACACCGCCCUUAUGUGUACCAUUUUAUGUCUUGGUACUUUUCUCGGUGCUUAUUAUUUGCGUAUUUUCCGUAACAGUCAUUACCUCGGACGAAGUGCCAGAAGAGCCUUUGGUGAUUUUGGCGUGCCCAUCAGUAUUGUUGUAUUUGCGUUGAUCGAUUAUCUGGCUAAAGUAAAAACGGAGAAAUUAUUGGUCCCGGAAGGUUUAACCCCGACUCUACCUGGUAGAAACUGGAUCGUAUCACCCGCUGGAGUGCAUAAACCUAUUCCUCUAUGGAUGGCUAUGGCUUGCAUCGUGCCAGCGUUGCUGGUUUAUAUUCUUGUUUUUAUGGAAACUCAAAUCUCUGAGUUAAUCAUCGAUAAAAAAGAACGAAAAUUACGAAAAGGUAACGGCUAUCACAUGGAUAUAGUAGUAGUGUGUUUAAUGAAUGUCGGUUGUGGUUUAAUGGGCGCUCCUUGGUGUUGCGCCGCCUCCGUUCGAUCAUUAACACACGUCUCGGCGGUGACAGUUAUGUCUCGUACUCAUGCACCUGGAGAUAAACCGCACAUUGUCGAAGUAAAGGAGCAGAGAGUGAGCGCUCUAUUAGUUGCCGUGUUGAUUGGCGUAAGUGUGUUAAUGGCGCCACUUUUACGACGCGUACCAAUGUCCGUCCUUUUGGGAGUGUUUCUCUACAUGGGUAUCUCUUCAACGAACGGCGUCCAACUGUUCGAUCGUGUGAAGCUGUUUUUCAUGCCAGUGAAACACCAUGGCACGGCUAAUUACGUACGACGUGUACAAACAUACAAAAUGCACAUCUUCACCCUCAUACAAAUUUUGUGCCUGGCUAUACUGUGGAUUGUGAAAAGUACCAGGGCAGCCUUGGCACUUCCGUUCUUCCUGAUUCUUAUGAUACCUUUACGAGGUCAGAUGAACCACUUUUUUACUGCGGCAGAGCUACGGGCACUCGAUAGCAAAGGAUCGGAACACGAGAGUACCGAGGAUGAACCAGAUUUUUACGAGGAAGCUCCGUUACCUGGUUAGAUAGUGCCUUAUUCGACUUGUCCGAAAAAUACCUCUCCUCUCUUCUCUUCCUACAUUGUUUUCUUCCCUAACUUCUUUUUUCAUUUUUUUUUCUUUUUUUUUUUUUUUGUUUUCAAAGAAUCACGCUUUCUCCGUUACUUAUUAUUCUUAUCAUAUAUCAAAGCGAUUCUAUAAUAUUAGCGCAAAUUCUUGAGAAAAGAUCUCUAUUUUCAUGAAAGAGCAAAUAUGUAUACCAAUGAAUUAAGAGAGGAUAAUGAAUUAAGGACGUAGAUAAGGGAUAAAUAAAAGGAUUUUGAUUCUCAACGGUGGUGUUAACUCGUUAAAUUCGUAAAAAUUAUUUUGUACUACAAAAUUUGUAAAUAAUCAAUAAUGACAUUAGAACAAGAUGAAAUGAGAAAAUGUAUUUUAUUGUGCAUAUAUUGAAUACAUGUAGGUAUUUGAAUUAUUACAUUUUAUUAAAUUAAACAUAUAUAUAUAUAUAUUAAAAGUUACUAUUUGAAUUUAACAAGACUUACAGACUGAUUGAAAUUAUGAUAAUUUUUUCAUAGAAAAUAAUUUAUUAUAAUAAAAUAAAAUAAAAUAUUCAAUACCUACAUUUUAUCUGAUAUAUUCAUAAUCAAAACUUAAAAUUCGUUUCAUCUAUUUUCGAUUUGAUGGGAUAAAAAGGUGCCUCUAGAGAACGGUGAUGAACGACACAUUGCUCAGGAAAAAAUAUAGGCGUAAAGGCACGAGAUAUGAGAGUGCCAAACGGUCAUAAAUUACAAAAUGGUGCUGGUCCGUCUAUAUAGAGAAAUAAUGUAGACGAAUUGAAAACUAAAUCUUUUAUAAGAAAAUUGUCCGAAUAGUUAUCAUUAGCUGUUCUCAUCAAUUAAUAUUAUAAAUCUAGUUUCUUUGGGACCGUGUAACUCAUUUAGUGCGAAGAAUUACAAUCAUUUAGCAAUAUUCAAUAAAUGUGUGUUUUAACAUUAUUUUCUUAGAUGAAAAUAAUAUUUUAUAAAUAUCUCAAAAUUGAACUUAAAUUUUACAAAACUAAAUAAUAACAGAUUCCAUUAUAUUUUCGA